UCGAACGGUAAGGGUAAAUACUACUACCGUAGCUACCCGUACCGGUAGUACGUAGAAAACAGCCAGAAAUGCCACGAACAACAACACCACAACAGGCCGAGCAGGUGGUUCUUCCAAAAUCUAUCAAGUCGCCUUGGUCUCAAAGCCUCCAUCGAUCGGUCAGUCUGCCAUUUUCUGGUUUUUGACAAGCUAACUAUAAGAUGGCGGGCCUCACCGACAACCAAAAGCUGGGUUUGGCCGUUGCGCAAAAGAUAGCCAGCACCUUGUCGCUGUGUGGUUCGAGCUACAUCCUUCAAGCGAUUUGGAGAGACCCGAGGAAGCGGUCCAAGGUCUUCUACCGGCUGCUGGGAUCCAUGUCUCUGACGGAUGUCUUGUGCUCGACUUGGAUGUUCCUGGGGACUUGGGCGGUGCCCCGAGGCACACCGGGGUAUCAUAAUCCAGUGGGAAACCAUGCUACCUGCCAAGCGCAGGCGUUCUUCAUCUGGUUCAGUGUGACGACGCUGAACUUUAAUGCCUGCAUUGCGUUAUACUACCUCCUCUCCAUCCGCUUUGCAUGGAAGGAAAAGAGAAUCCGAGAAUCCAUCGAACCCUUCUUUUAUCUCUAUGCCAUUGGCGUUGGAUUGGGAGUUUCUCUGCCUGGCUUGUUCCUGGGGUAUUAUGGGCCCGCCAACUACUGGUGCUCCUCUCAACCCACGGAUGUUGCCAAGAACGCCUAUCUCAUUUGGUACAUCCCCGCAUGGGUCGUCCUGUUCUUUGUGACCGGUGUCAUGAUUUCCAUUUACGCUCAUGUCUUGGCGACGGAAAAAAAGGCGGAGAAGUAUUCCUUUAAAAAGUCAAUCCUCCGAAUCCAGAUCGAAAGCGCCGCGAUUCAGGGUACAUGUAGUGCUUCGUCGGCAACCAUAAGAACCGCAUUGCGCCACCAAGAAAGCAUCCGGCGAACACAGGACCGAACAAAGCAGUCUAGACAGGUGGCUGUCCAAGCCUUCUUCUACUGCAUUGCCUUUUACCUGACACUGGUAUUCCCAACCACUGUGAGAACCAUGCAAGCAACCAAAGGGGAAACCCCAUAUGCCAUUCUGCUUCUCCACUCCUUCUUCCUACCGGCACAAGGGUUUAUGAACUGUUUGGUGUACAUGCGACAAAGGUGGUCGUGUAACAGAUUACAAAAAAGCUGUUGCCGUUCCCUUUGUUGGCCGCACGGCAGCAGUGACACGGAAGAUGAUGACGCCCACAAUCAAUCCGGUGCUCAUUCUUCCAAGCGAGACGAAUUUGCUUCCCACAAUGAGAUAUUGGAUUUUUUUGAUGACGACGAGGACGACGAUACCGGCAACAAUGAUGGUCAUGGUGGUCAACCGCAGUGCCGGCUUGAAUCAGAAGCGGACACAAAAACAACAAAAGAAACCUCCAGUCUGCAGACCAUGGAUCCAUAGAGGAUGAUGUGUCCAGUGUGAACCAAUUCACCAAAUCAUUGCAUUGAGAUUGACCAACUAUCUUGCAUGGAUGGAUGCAUGAAUGCAUACCAGUUAUUGCAGAUGGACUAGGUACAUCAAUAUUUGGGAUACCGCACCUGGUGAAAGAUUGAAUGAGUCCUCAGUCAGAACACUUCGGAGUCCAGUUGAGUCAAGCAUUGGAAGUAGUAGAAGGACAAUCAGCGGCGCCAGAAAGUGGGUCCUACCGUAUUACAGCAACGCUACAAUAUGCUUACCGUGAGAAAGAGCCCCCAGGCACAGACGCAACAAGCACAACUUCCUCUCACCGGAGUUACGAGCCCACCCAUGCUCGUGCUGGGCAGAGCUGUCACUGAAGGACUGCAAAUUGACUACCAGUACCAGGCUGGCGAAGCAAUUAAUCGCUGUGUUCUGCCAGUAUGCAACCACAAGGAGACUCGAUUCAAUCCGUCUCUGAGGAUUUUGAGGCACAAAGAUUCACAGCCGGCUCAGAAUACUUGUGUGGCGCAAUCCGUCCCGGUGUGGCCAAGCUGAAGGAGGUGGCAUUUCGUCGUGGUCGCAGCUACGGUAGUUACUGUAUCAUGCAAUCGAUGCAAAGCUACGUGUAGAUUGUCCGACUGUGCUACAAAGGCUACCAGUAGGCCCUCGCCCACGAGGGCGGGAUUAGUUUUAAGACGAAGCAAAAUAUUUGCCUCAAGUCUGCCAUUAGACUCCAGAAAUUGCGACCGCGCUGACGCUUUUGAGAUUGCGGAUGGGACUAGCUAGCUGCAGCCACUCAAUCUUGAUUGCGGAUGGGACGAGGAAUUGUGAUUGUAUACUGAGAAGGGUCCCUGGGUGUAUCCAAUUUCACCAAGGAGAAGUCUCCAAUAUCAAUUUUGUUCUUCCGAGUGAUGGCGUCUUCCACCCAUACCUGAGAGUAUAGAAAAUAAGAGUGAGCGAUGGAUCUAUUUGUAUGGUACUCGUCCCACUACAGAAUAAUGGUCC